AUGGACGCUGAGGCGAACGGCCCGGCGUCGAGCGGCGGCGUGGCCGCGCUGCCGCCGAUGACGUUCUGCUCGGUGAAACUGGUGCGGUCCGAGCUGCGGUCGUCGCCCUCGGACGCGACAGUCGGCGGCGACUCGUCGCUCGACAGUGCCAGUCUGCCGUCCGAGAGCGGGCCGGCCGGCGGCGGCGACGCUCAGUCGGGGCGAGUGGAGGACUCGGGAGACGUGGCCGAGCCGGUGAGCCCGGAGCCCGACAUGGAGGUGGCUGCGAGCCCCGUGCCGGCCGCCGUAAACGGUCUCAGCCCGGCGCCGUUCGCUCUGGACUCACCGAGUCCGCUGCCGGAGGCGCCCGAGUCGCUGGACGGGCCCCUGUCGCCGGCACCGCCGCCCGACCCCGACGACAACGCCUGCAGCUUCCCGUCGCUGCCGUCCAAGGCGUCUGACUCGGAGGACAGUCGAACGAACGCGUCCGACGAGGAGUCCACGCCGCUGCCUUCGGUGGACGAGGAGUCCAUGUCCCUACCUCCUGAGAACGAGGAGUCUUUGCCGCGACCGGCUGCCGACGCAGAGCGCUCACGAUCGCCCCACGAGGGCUCCGUACCCAGUGAGGACCGCGCGUCGCCUUUCAUGGGUCUGUUUGACGAGGACGACAGCCCGUUUGUGGUGCGGCCGGCCGACGAGCCGGCGACGGAGCCCGCGAGCCCACGCCUUCGCUCGCCGCCGCCCGAGGAGGGUCCCGAGAGCGGCUUGGCCCGGCGCGUCGUCAACAGCUACGGCGGCGCCAAUCGAAAACCGCGCGCCGACCCCGCCACCGCGCGCGGCAAAGUGGUGGUGAUGAGCGGUGGCGUCGAGCGGCUGCAGAACGUCAUCGCCCAGUCGGACGCUCUCAUCCUGCAGUCGGGCGCCGCCAACGCGCAGGCGCUGCCGGCCGACACCAAACCGGAGGCGGCGAAGGCGCUGCCGGUGGCGCCGGUCGCCCAGACCGCCACGCAGACGGCCUCCGGCCGGACCAAGCCCAAGGCGAAGUUGGUCGAGCGGCUGGCGGGAAACCCGCUGGACAUCCCGCUGCCGCCUACGCGCGCCCCGGCGGCCGGCGCGCGCCAGGCCGCCGCGCCGGAGAAGCCGGUCAAAUGUGACGCCAAAUCGGCGCCGAAGACGGAACCUGGCGCCCUGCAGAAGCAGAAGUCCAAGGACAGUCGAGUGGACGCCAUCAAAGACAAGGAUCUCAACAAGCUCAGGAACUUUAGGGUGAUUUCCGACUCUAUCUGGCUGAAAAAGCCAAAGACGACGAAGCAGCAGAAGGAGGCGCGCCACAUGGUAUGCGACUGCUACCUCUCGCCGGAGGAGAUGGAGCGAGGAGACAUGGGCUGCGGCGAGGACUGUCUGAACCGGCUCCUCAUGAUCGAGUGCGGCUCGCGGUGUCCACUGGGCGACCGAUGCUCCAACAAGCGCUUCACCAGGAAGGAGAUGUACCCGACGAACGUGUUCAAGACCGAGCUGAAGGGGUACGGCCUGCGCGCCGUCACCGACAUGCCGGACAACGCCUUCAUUUACGAAUACGUGGGCGAGGUGCUGGACUCCCAAGAAUUCCGGCGACGUACCAACGAGUACGACCGGCUGAAGUACCACCACUACUACUUCAUGGCGCUGAAGGGCGACGCCAUCAUCGACGCCACCGAGAAGGGCAACGACUCGCGCUUCAUUAACCACAGCUGCGAUCCCAACGCCGAGACGCAGAAGUGGACGGUGAACGGAGAGCUGCGUAUCGGCUUUUUCACGCGGCGCCCGGUGGCGGCCGGCGAGGAGAUCACGUUCGACUAUCAGCUGCAGCGGUACGGCAAGGAGGCGCAGAAGUGCUUCUGCGGCUCGGACAUAUGCCGCGGCUGGAUCGGCGAGAAGACGGACGAGCCGCCGGCCGAGGACGACGACGAGGACGAGGACGAGCGGGCCGAGGAGGCGGCGGACGAGGCCGGAGCGGCCGUCGGGCCGGCGGACGCGGCCGGCCCCCGGCCGCCGGCCCCCACCAAGAAGGCUAAGCUGCGCAAGGACGCUGAGAAGCGAGACCUGGAGAUGGAGAUCAACAAGCUGGUGGCGUCCGGUCUGAAGUCGAAGCAGCACACGCUGGAGCUCUCCCGGCUGAUGGUGCGCGCCGAGAGUGACGCCGAGCGACUGACGCUGCUCGACCUGAUCCGCUCGGCCGAUCAGCCCUGCAGGCGGCUGUUCCUCGACUACCACGGCCUGCGGCUGGUCUGGAGCUGGAUGGCCAGCGCGCCCUCGCCCCAGGGGCCGGCCGACGCCGAGGCACUGCGCUUCAGACGCAAGGUGCUGGAGACGCUGGCCGUGCUGCCCAUCCCCAACAAGACGACGCUCAAGGACAGCCGUGUGCUGAGCACCGUGGAGCGG